GUUGACCCCAAUGCUAUAUUUGCCGAACUGGAGAAGCAGCACACUAACAAACCUCGUCUAGGGUCGGAUAAAGUUGUGGAAGAAGUUAUUCUCAUCUUUAAUAGGCGAACCGAAGAGAAUGCAGAUUUAGAGAUAGAUGAUACAAUUCUUGAGGAAGACGAUAAAAGUAUUAUCAGUUUGGGAGACUCUGAUACCUGUCUCGAGAGUGUAGAAGAGAGCUUAAACCUUGGAUUAAACCCAGAUCAAGGUCUCCUAGAUCUAGUCAACAACAAUGAGCCAAACAACAACCAAGGUAAAGGGAAGGUAUCUUAGAUCUAGUCAACAACA